CAUGGAGUUACAGAGCCGCUGGUGUCCUUGCCCAUGACGCGGAGGAUGCGGAAACAAGUGAGACUACUCCAGUCGCCAGCGGAGGAACUUGGCUUCUGAGCUGCGGUGCGAGAAUAUGUCAGCCUCGGCCGUGUUCCUGCUGGAUCUGAAGGGGAAGGUUCUAAUAUGCAGGAACUACAAGGGUGACGUGGACAUGAAUGAAAUUGACUACUUCCUACCGAUGUUGACGCAGAAAGAAGACGAGGGCUCUGGAUCUCCAUUCCUCAUUCAUGGACGUGCUCAUUUCCUCUGGAUAAGACACAAUAACUUGUACUUGGUAGCAAUGACAAAGAAGAAUGCAAACGCAGCUCUGGUUUUUGCUUUUCUAUAUAAAAUUAUUCAGGUUUUCUCAGAAUAUUUUAAAGAGGUCGAAGAGGAGAGCAUCCGAGAUAACUUUGUUAUCGUUUACGAACUUUUGGAUGAGGUGAUGGAUUUUGGAUUCCCACAGACGACAGAUAGUAAGAUACUACAAGAGUACAUCAUUCAACAGGGGCACAAGCUGGAAAUCGGAGCACCACGCCCCCCUGCUACCCUUACUAACGCUGUGUCCUGGAGAUCAGAGGGUAUUAAAUACAGAAAAAAUGAGGUGUUCAUUGAUCUGAUCGAAUCUGUCAACUUAAUGGUGAGUGCAAAUGGCAACGUCCUGAAAAGUGAGAUUGUUGGAAAUGUAAAGCUGAAGGUUGUACUCUCAGGAAUGCCAGAACUACGACUCGGACUCAAUGAUAAGGUUCUGUUUGAGAUCUCUGGAAGGGACAAGAGUAAAUCCGUGGAACUGGAGGAUGUAAAGUUUCAUCAGUGUGUCCGCCUAUCCCGCUUUGAAAACGAUCGGACUAUAUCCUUCAUCCCUCCUGACGGAGAGUUUGAACUCAUGUCCUACCGGCUUUAUACUCAGGUAAAACCCUUGAUUUGGAUAGAGUCAGCAAUUGAGAAACACUCACACAGUCGGGUAGAGAUUAUGGUAAAGGCCAAGAGUCAGUUUAAGCACCGUUCUACAGCGAACAACGUCGAGAUUUUUGUGCCAGUUCCCAGUGACGCAGACUCACCAAAAUUCAAGACUAGCACCGGCACUGCGAAGUGGCUGCCAGAGAAGAAUGUUGUUAUCUGGUCAAUCAAGUCUUUCCCUGGUGGUAAGGAAUACUUGAUGCGGGCUCACUUUGGUCUCCCAAGUGUCGAGGGUGAGGAGCAGGAGGGAAGGCCACCCAUCACCAUCAAUUUUGAAAUUCCAUAUUUUACUGUCUCCGGAAUUCAGGUGCGCUAUCUGAAAAUCAUUGAGAAGAGUGGUUAUCAAGCUCUACCCUGGGUCCGUUACAUUACUCAGAGUGGAGAUUAUCAACUGCGCACCAAUUAAUAGGGACGCUGCGAUCCAGUGGAAUUCCUGAGUUGGAAGGACACGAUUUGUGAUCAGUAAAGAAGGGGAAAAUGACCAAAAUCCCAAUCCACAAGACUUCAGGAUCACGGAUUAUGGGUGUUACAUAGCGGAUAGUGUUCGAACAGAGCUCCGACCAACCAGAUAGGAAAAUGUGACUCCUACUGACGUAGCAUUUCUUUGUAGCCUCUGAAUGAGUGUUAGGUUUCUACCUUCAUUUCUGUUCCUUCCUGGUUUAGCUGCUCUCUGGAUACGGUCGGCUGAAGGCCAUGUCCUGGGUAAUUGCUGAUCUCUGUUCAGCUUUCUGACAUACUUCAAAUGUUCUGACACGUUCAAACAUUAUCAACACACUAACACAAAGGGAAGAAUGUUAACAUUGGCGUGAGAAGCGCCCUGGAGGGGCAAUGAAGGAUUCUGUUUCCUUUUCCUGGAUCAGGUAGAAUAAUGGGCACUUUCCCGAACUAGAACAGGUGGGCUGGACCAUUGGUUCUGGAGACGCUGGUUCAAAUUCCACCAUGGCAACCGGGGAAUUUAACUUCAAGUAAUUAAAUAAAUCUGGAAUAAAAA